UGUGCAGGCAGGAUAGAAACAUCUGAGGGAACAACUUCUACACACAGCCAUAUAUAUUACUGGACUACAAAGUGUGCUAGUGACCUGUAUCAAAGAAUAGGCAGAGAUAUGCCAUUGUCAUCAAGGGAUGUUACCUGUUCAGUGGCCAAGAGACUAAAAUAUUACAUUGACAUUGAGAGAAAAGAAGAUGGAUUUGAUCUUUCUGUUGCUGACAGGACAGCUGUGAGGACCGGGUGCACUCUUCUGGCCCCGGGGAAGCAGCGUGACCGCAGUCUGAAGCAUUACUUCAGGGACCCAGGGGAGAGAGCAACGCUGCGGCUGGACUUGGAGAGAAGCGGAGAGAGCAGAAAACCGGCUCUUAGUCUUGUCAGGCAGCAAUCAGUCAGGAAGAAAAUCCAGACUGCAAUGACCAAGAUUCAGUUCACUAAUGUUGUUCCCUUUGGUGCAUACAAAGAGCAACCUUACACUGGCAGGAAGAGAGUACCAAGCCAUUGGCCAGAGGCCUUAUCUGUCUCGCGAGUCCCUCCCCCUUACGUCACAAAGGGGGAGCUGGCCAGGCUGGUUUCCUCAGCUUCCAAACUCAUUGUGGCCACAGAAGUGCUGACGCUUGGCUCUGGUGACCGAGGUGUUACCCAUCUCUCAGCGGAGAGAGACCAAUCAAAGAAUUGGAACUCCUUACCACAAAUACAUAUAAGGAAACAGAGGUCAGACACAGCCUCUUCUGUGAGGAGUGAAGGUGAGGCUGCAGAGCAGAGGUGUCACCGCUCAUCUCUCACCUCAACCCCCUGCACUCAUGACAACACAGAAGAGGAUAGAAUUCAAGAUUCACGUUUUUUGGUUGAGAAUGGGAGUAAGAAAGAUUAUAGUGUACCGACCCAGCACAGAGAUGAUGGAGGAGAGUUCAACAAGAAGGACAAACAAAAGCAAGUGGUGAAGAGGAGGGAGAGAACUGCAGCAGACACCACCAGGGCUCCAUUGAGCUCAUUUUCCCACUGCAGCUCAGAUUCCAGCUAUAAUGCGCUAAGUGGGGCACCCCCAAGUACCGGGAGGGUUCACAGCAAACAGAAACAAAGAAGGCAGAGGGAGAGAAGCCUUGGAAAGGAUGGGGUGAAUCCCCAUAGUGAAGGAAAGGGCAGUGGCCUGGCUGGGUCGGAGCAGAGAAAUGCCCCUAGAUCCAGAGCUGGAUUCAGAAAGGGAUCGGAUCACAGAUCCUGGCAGGGGUCACGAGGCAGAGUGGUGAACACUAAGGAUGAACCGUGGCAGGAGAGUUAUAAUAGAGCUGGGGGAGAGGGUGGGGAAAGGGGAAGCGAGAGAGAGAAGCCAUCAGGCGAAAAAGCGGAGGUGGCCAGGUCAGAGAACAGGCUUACUGAGUGUGAGAAACCUCACGGAAAGCAGGAGGGGCUGCAAACAGAACAUGCUGAAGCAGGGGACCACGACAGAGAGCAGUGUAGACCUGAUGGGGAGGAGGGCCUAUAUGAUGGAUUGAGUAAACAGCAUAUGGGUAAUACAGGCGAGAAUGCUCCUGAAAGAGAGAGAGAAGAGGGCAGCGCUGUGGAAAAAGACAUGUGUGGGGAGGAGGUGGGUGAGAAAUGCAUACGAGAUGACAGGAGAGAUGAGAUCCUGGAGAAAGAGAGACAUGACUAUGCUUGUGACAAAGAGAGGAAAGAGUGUAGCUGUGCAGUGGAGAAAGCAGAGAAUGAAGGUAAAGAGGAAGAUGAGUUACUCCAUGUAGCAGACAGUGGCAAGGACAGGGAGGGUUACAUUGAGUAUGGAGAGCACCAGGUUGGUGCGAGAAUAGAAAGGAAUGAGUCAGAGGAUCUUGGGUCCACCUUGAGACCAGAAACACCAGUUAUUGACUCUGCCGAGUCGCUUCCUCAGAUCCAAGCAGUUGAUGAAGUUUAUAGCAGCAGCACGUCUCCUGAGAAAGAUAACCAGAGUGCUGUCUGCCCUGGAGAUCUCCAGACUGACCCUGAAAGAAUUGAUCACCAAGACUGUCAAAGAAGACAGGAUCACCAACCCAGGUUGGAAACACAAGACUGCAAGCUACCUGAGAAGGUUAACCAGAUCCAUAGUACCAGAAAUCUUCAGGCUAGGCAUGACGAAGUUAGAGAAACAAAUAUGUGUCAAGAUCGUCAGCAGCGACAGACAUCCGAAUCAGAAAACAGUGCUGGGGAUCAGAAGGGUAAGGCAAGGAUCACCCCUGAGCCACUACAGUCCUUCCUGCACAGCUGCUUGGCAAUGGCCUCCAGUGAUACAGAUUUCAGCACCAGCAGUCCAGGGUCCAAGGAUGAGAGGAAAGAUCGUGGUGGAGGACAAGUAGUUGCCAGUGUGAUCACAGAACAUUCCCUGGAGCAGGGAAAAGAGGCAUAUGGAUGGAGAGAGGCUUCCUCUGGCUGUAAUGAUCUGACGCUGAGCCUUGAUGAAGCGGUCUUCCCUCUCUACUCCCUUUCAGAAGAUUGUGAGCCUCACACGCCACGCAAGAGAGACGAGGAUUCAGACACUCUGAACUUGCUGAUGACCGACACAAGCUCUGUGCUGUCAGAUGUAUCCGAUUCAGAACUGUCGGCUAGAAAAGACACUAUCGUCACCUCUGCAGUCUUCGAGAGUCCCAGCUGCUAUCAUACUUUUCAUAUCUGAACAGCCUUUUAAAAAAGCAAGACAGUGGAGCACAUUGUAGGGCAAUACAGUGGUCCAAGGGGCUGAAUGCUGGGCAAUAUAAAUGGUUAGCCAUUGAAUUAUCAUACAUGAAAUAUCUAAAGGGACCACGUAAGACUCUAGUAUAUUCAUGUGGGCUCUAAAAGAUGAGGGAGUGAUUUAUGUUAUGAUUUGCACAAUGUAUGUUUUGGGGGCUUCAAGUCAUAAAAGCUUAAAUUAUUGUAUUUUUGGAGUGAAAACAUACAACAAAAAGUAGAUGGUGAUUCUUUUACAGCCAAAUUGGAAAGGACUAAUAAGAUUAACAGAAAAGAUAGGACAUUACUGUAACAAUCUGUGACUUAGUGGACCAUUUUUGGGGUCUCAGUUAGCAGAUUAAACAAUCAGUGCAUCCUAUAAAUAUAGUAACUGACCCCGUCAUAGAAAUGUUUCUCUUUUACCCGGGGUGCAUGUACUGAAAAUGUAAUUAGUAUUAAAACACAUGCAGAGAGUACACUGAAGAGUAUUACACAAAACCCUUUAUUUCAGCAACCUGAUCAUAGUAAGGUAGCUGAUGAUGAGGGUAAUAAUAAAAUUGAAAUCCUUAUUGCAAGUUGUAGGGACUGUUCUGGUAUAUCUAUCCACACUCAGGGGCUGAUUUCCAAUAAUCUUAUUAAAGUUUCUUUAAAUACAGUUACUCCUUUAUAUCAGUGCAAUAAAAUACACAUAGCUCUACUUAAUGUGCAGUCCCUGUCUAACAAAGCUCUUUUAAUUAGUGAUCUCAUCACUCAUUAUAAACUUGGAUUUUUAUUUUUGACUGAGACCUGGCAUAGUGUGGAUGAUAAUACUUCUUUAAUUGCAGCCUCACCCUCCAGCUAUACGUUUAUCCAGCAUGCACGUGCUGGAGGGCGGGGAGGUGGACUAGCUAGCAUUUUCCUUGAUAUCUACAAUUGUAAACAGAAUAGUUUUGGGGAAUUUUUAUCUUCUGAAUCUUUAUCCUUCAUACUUGAUAGUCGACUCCCUGUACUUAUGGUAAAUAUCUAUCGCACACCUAAACCAACACAAUCUUUCUUACCAGAAUUUUCAGAAUUGCUGUCUAUAAUGUCCACUAAAUAUGAUAGUAUUCUUAUACGUGGAGAUUUUAAUUUGCACACCUACAUUAAACCUGAUUCGACAGCUAUGGACUUUUUAAGUCUAUUAGAUUCUUUUGAGUUUACUCAGCAUGUAUCAGGGCCUACACAUAACCACGGUCAUACUUUAGAUUUAGUCAUAUCUCAAGGACUAGAAAUGAUCAUGAUCUCCAACUAUUGAUCCUGCAUUAUCAGAUCAUUUCUUAAUUUCAUUUGAGGCUAUAGUGCCUCAAUGUAAAAAGACUGUAGUGAGUUCUGUUAAAAGGUGCAUUAUAAAUCCUGCAGUUGUUCAAAAGUUUUCUGAAGUAGUUAGUCUAUGUCCACCCAUCUCAACAAGUUCUCUAUCAAUUGGUGAGUUAGUUGACAGAUACAACCAUCAGCUAAAAAGUUCUCUUGAUAUUGUGGCUCCAGUAAAAAUGAAAACAGUCUCUGUAAAACGUUGGACACAUGGAUGAAUAAUGAUAUACAUCAAAAAAAAGAAAUUGUCGCAAAGCAGAGCGUAAAUGGAGAGAUACAAAACUACAAAUACAUUACAAUAUUUUAAAGCACUCCCUAUCAGUAUAAUGCACCAUUAAUGUCAGCAAGAAAUGCUUACUUUUCCAGUCUUCUUGCAGAAAAUAAGAACAAUGCUAGAGUCCUUUUCUCAACUAUUGAUAGAUUAGUAAACCCACCUCCUUCACCUGAAUAUUCCAUUGUGGCCUCACCUAUCAAAUGUGAAGAAUUUUGUAAUUAUUUUGAUGGAAAAAUACUUACUAUUAAGAAUCAAAUUCCACAAAAUGAUUCUGAGCUCUAUGUGCCACCAAAAACAAUUGAAACAGAAUUACAUUAUUUUUCUCUGAUUAACUUACAAGACUUAAAUAAAAUAGUUAUGACAUUAAAUCCUCUACGUGUCUUUUGGAUCCUAUACCAACCAGUCUGUUCAAGGAGGUGUUUAGUAAGCUGUCCAAUGAUGUCCUUGAUAUAGUUAAUAGCUCUUUGUCAUCAGGAAGGUUUCCUUCUUCUUUAAAAGCUGCCUUAGUGAAACCUUUACUUAGGAAAUCGAAUCUGGAUUGUUCAGUUCUAAGUAAUUUUAGACCUAUUUCAAACCUUCCUUUUUUAGCAAAGGUACUUGAAAAAGUCAUUUUUAAACAAAUUAAUAUUUUCCUUGGAAAUAAUAACAUCUUCGAGAAAUUGGUAAAUGAUCUACAUAUAAGUACAGAUUCUAAGUGUUUAUCUGUACUGAUCCUUUUUGAUCUGAGUGCUGAUUUUGAUACUGUGGAUCACAAAAUUUUAAUUAAU